AAGGCGCUUUGAGGGCGGCCGCUCUCCGUCCGUCCUUUGGCUCCCAAGGGUAGCGUCUUGCGUGUUCUGCUCGGGCCGCGUCAGGACUGAAGAAGUUUCAGAAGCGCUAGCGGUCGGCUCAGGGUUCGACUCGUUGCUUUGUUCUGAAGGGGGAAUGAAGGAUGGCGGCACGCCGUGCAUUAAAAGCCGUUUUGGUAGAUCUCAGUGGCACACUUCACAUUGAAGAUGCAGCUGUACCAGGCGCACAGGACGCUCUUAAAAGGUUACGUGCUACUCCUGUUGCCAUUAGGUUUGUGACAAAUACAACCAAAGAGAACAAGGCAGAAUUGUUAGAGAGACUGAGAAAAAUGAAUUUUGAUGUUGCUGAGCAUGAGAUAUUCACUUCUCUGACAGCAGCCAGAAACCUAGUGCAGGAGAAACAAGUUAGGCCCAUGUUGCUGAUUGAUGAUCGGGCACUACCAGACUUUGAAGGAAUACCAGUAAAUGAUCCUAACGCUGUAGUCAUAGGAUUGGCACCAGAACAUUUUAAUUAUCAAGUUCUAAAUGAGGCAUUCCGGCUAAUUCUGAAUGGUGCUCCUCUUAUAGCAAUACACAAAGCCAGAUAUUAUAAGAGGAAAGAUGGCUUAGCCCUGGGACCUGGCCCAUUUGUUACUGGUUUGGAGUAUGCUACAGACACCAAAGCCAUAGUGGUAGGGAAGCCAGAGGGAAAAUUUUUCCUGGAAGCUUUGCGUGGCAUUGAUUGCACACCAGACGAAGUCAUUAUGAUUGGAGAUGACUGCAGAGAUGAUGUAGGUGGAGCUCAGAGUAUUGGGAUGCUAGGUAUCUUGGUGAAGACUGGGAAAUAUCGAACCGCAGAUGAAGAGAAAAUUAAUCCAGCUCCUUAUUUAACCUGUGAGAGUUUCCCACAUGCUGUGGACCACAUCCUACAACAUUUACUUUAAGGGAUGAUGACAACAUGAACCAACUUGAAAUAUAAUUUUAUUUCCAAAAUGCAUCUUUCUUUGAAAACUCAUUGGACCAGAAUACAUAGAAGCAGGAGGAAAAGAUAUCGAACUUUAGCCAGUUACCAUGCCUUACUAAUCCUCUUUGGUUAUGUUUUUUUGUGUGUGAACAUGAUAAAACCUGAAGAAACAAAAGCUGAAAUUUUAUGCCAUUCCUUUUAAAAUAUCCAUCAGGUUAGACAGUCCUUCGAAAGAAAAUCCACCUUAAGAAUGGUAUUCUGCUUAUCUUUUAACAAUUACUCUGGGAGGGGGUAGUAUUCAGUGUGUGAAUAAAGUUGACUCGGUUUUUUAAAUUAUAAAAUAAUGUGUUAAUAACCUGUAGUUUUAGUAUUUUAUGUAGAUUUAGUACUGAUUGCAACUGUGAAAUCCAUCAAAUAUUUGAAGCAAAUGAUACAUGUAGAAAGUAAAAUGAAUUAUCCCUUAGACCAAACAAUCAAGUGAAUUUGCUUUAACGGAUGAUGAAAACUAGAUUAUCUGCUGUAUUAUUCCCAUCACGGGUGACUUUUUUUUUUCUCUUCAUUAGCCAGAAACGACUAAUUUAAAUUUAGAGCCUGAUUUUAAUUUAAAAUAAUAUUACCAUUAAUAACCUAUUCAUUGCAGAUACCUAUUAUGCUGUGUAACAGUUGUUUUGGAAAUUUUAUGUAAAAUUAAAACUAUCAGUAUUUUACAGAUGUUUUAAUUAGACAUUGUUAUUAACAGGAACAGUGCAGAAACUAAAAUCAAGCCUUUAAUGUCUUAUAGAGCAUGCAUUUUUGAAGUUACUGUCCACCAGGGUCCUAUUAACUGUACAUUUGUAAGAUUUCAUUAUUUUUCCCUCUAACACUAUGGGAAAAAUCUUUUAGAAGCUACUGGGACAUAUUCAAGCUUUUAUGUACUUGGUUAGUACAGCUGUAAAAUGAAAUCCUGUCAUUUAGCAUGGAUCAUUCUUCUCAUGUUAAAUCUACCAAAAUGAAGGGGCCUAAGCUGGUAAUGAUUUUCCUCGCACAUUUGCAUACUGUGAUAAUCCCAGUCCUUUGCUGCUGUUGUACAGGGCUCUUGGGCAUUAAAUUAUUAGAAUGUAAUUGUA